UAACCACAGAGGGCCCACUGAGGGACCAUCAGUGGACGAGGAGGGAAGAGACGUAAAGAAGGAGACACCAGCCAGUUGCAUGAGUCCCAUCCUGCCUCUCUUAUCACACCUUGCCUCCCAUUUCAUCGGCUCCUUGUCCCCUCUGCUCUCUGGAGCCAUGCACCCUCAGCGCCCGCUGCCCCAGGCCGUGCCUGCUGCGUCUUCUUCGUCGCCCUCGUCCCUGGGGCAGCAGCUGCGAGACAUGGCCAUGGGUCUGGGGCGGGGAAAGAACUUCCUGGGAGGGAACGUCGCCUACGGCUUCGUGCAGUCGCUCAAGGAGUGUCUUUAUUUCCUGCUGUGCUGCUGGUGCAUCAAGGAGAUCCUGGACUGAACCCUACGAGUAAUAGGGUGCUCUUCUUAGCUUGAUUAUCUUUGAUUUGGAAGGCUGCACAGGGACUAACACACUGUGAUGUCAGAAUAAAGGAUUAAACCAAUAGUACAUUUUAUUUCCAUCUUUACAUUUUGCAUUGAUUCCAUGCAGAGCUAAAUUAGAUUUUGUAUCGGGGCUGAAAAAGUGCAAAUGUUGGUGCAUUAAAAAUAAAAAAUUAGGGGUGCACAAAAAAAAUAGAUUCGAAUCAGAAUCGCGAUUCCUAUUCAUUCCAAUUAAAAAUUCUCAAAAAUCAAUACAUUUAAAAAAAAAAAUUUUUUUAAUUAUUAUUAGGGAUGUCCGAUAAUGGCUUUUUGCCGAUAUCCGAUAUUCCGAUAUUGUCCAACUCUUUAAUUACCGAUACCGAUAUCAACCGAUAUAUACAGUUGUGGAAUUAACACAUCAUUAUGCUUAAUUUGGACAACCAGGUAUGGUGAAGAUAAGGUACUUUAAAAAAAAAUUAAUACAAUAAAAUAAGAUAAAUAAAUUAAGAACAUUUUCUUGAAUAAAAAAGAAAGUAAAACAAUAUAAAAACAGUUACAUAGAAACUAGUAAUUAAUGAAAAUGAGUAAAAUUAACUGUUAAAGGUUAGUACUAUUAGUGGACCAGCAGCAAUCAUGUGUGCUUACGGACUGUAUCCCUUGCAGACUGUAUUGAUAUAUAUUGAUAUAUAAUGUAGGAACCAGAAUAUUAAUAACAGAAAGAAACAACCCUUUUGUGUGAAUGAGUGUAAAUGGGGGAGGGAGGUUUUCUAGGUUGGUGCACUAAUUGUAAGUCUAUCUUGUGUUUUUUAUGAUGAUUUAAUUAAAAAAAAACAAAAAAAAACCCCGAUACCGAUAAUAAAAAAAACAAUACCAAUAAUUUCCGAUAUUACAUUUUAACGUAUUAAUCGGCCUGCCGAUAUUAUCGGACAUCUCUAAUUAUUGUCAUUAAUGUUAUUUAUUUAUUUAUUGAUAAGGCCUAAAAAAAACUGUUUUACAAAAGUUACAUCCAAAAUGUGAUUCUUAUACAUCCCGAUUCUAUAUCGAUUCAAAAUUCUCAAAAAUCUAUCCCCUCCUGCUCCGGCCUGGCUGCACCAAAUGAUAACAUAAAUCCAUUUGAUAAAGUCAAAUACAAAUAAGGCAACAAGAGAAGUAUCCCACACUUCUCUUUUGUAAAGUAAAUUUGUACAGCCGAUAUCGGCAUCUACAUCAACUAUAUGAUUUGCCUGAGAAGCUGGACAGGACAAAAAAUAAAUAAAUAAUAAUUUCUCAAAAAUCAAAUUACAUUUUUAAAACUUAUUUCAUUACUAUCAUUAUUGUUAUUUAUUUCUUCUUCUUCUUUUUUUUUUUUUUAAAUAAGAAUCAAUGUUUAAUAAGGCCUAAAAAUACUGUUUUACAAAAGUUUAAUUGUAAUUAUUAUAUCAAAUAAAACAUUGCAAGAAUUGGUUUGAAUCAAGAAUCGAUUCUGAAUUGAAUCGUCACCCCAGGGUUCGGAAAUCGAAUCGGUGGCCAAAGAGUUACACCCCUUUGAGGAUUAAAAAACUGCAAAAUUUGGUGCAUUGACCAUAUAAUUUAGGGGUGCACAAAAAAAUCGAUUCAUAUCAGACUUGCGAUUCUUAUUUAUCCCCAUUCUAUAUCGAUUCAAAAUUCUCCAAAAUCGAUUUAAAUGUUUUAUUUUUAUUAUUAUCAUUCUUGUUAUCUAUUUAUUUUUUUAAAUAAGAAUAGUUGUUUAAUGAGGUCUAAAAAAACUGUUUUACAGAAGUGUCAUUGUAAUUAUUAUACCAAAUAAUACAUUGAAAGAAUUGGUUUGAAUAGAGAAUCGUGUUGAAUCGAGAAUCAAUUCUGAAUUGAAUCGUCACCCCAGGAAUCAGAAUCAGGUGGAAUUGUUAAGUGGCCAAAGAUUCACACCCCUUUGUGGAUGAAAAACUGCAAAAUUUGGUGCAUUAACCAUAUAAUUUAGGGGUGCACAAAAAAAUAGAUUCAAAUCAGAAUCGCGAUUCUUAUUCAUCACAAUUCUAAAUCGAUUCAAAAUUCUCAAAUCGAUUAAAAGUUUUUGAAAUUAUUUUAUUAUAACCAUUAUUGUUAUUUAUUUAUUUAUUUAUUUUUUAAUAAGAAUAAAUGUUUGGUAAGGCCUAAAAAAAACAGUUUUACAAAAGUGUCAUUGUAAUUAUUACACCAAAUAAUACAUUGCAAGAAUUGGUUUGAAUCGGUAAUUGAGAAUCUAUUCUGAAUCGAAUCGUCAACCCAGGAAUUGGAAUCUGAUCAAAUCGUUAGGUGGCCAAAGAUUCACACACCUUUGUAGAUUAAAAAAAUUAGCCAACUUUGGUACAUUAACCAUAUAAUUUAGGGGUGCACCAAAAAAUCGAUUCACAUCCGAAACGCGAUUCUUAUUCAUCCCGAUUCCAAAUCGAUUCAAAAUUCUCAAAAAUCGAUUACAUUUUUUUUAACUGAUUUUAUUAUUACCAUUAUUCUUUUUUUUUUUUUUUUUUUAAUUAAGAAUACAUGUUUAGUAAGGCCUAAAAAACAGCUUUACAAAAGUUUCAUUGUAAUUAUUAUACCAAAUAAUACAUGGCAAAAAUUGGUUUGAAUCGAGAAUGAAUUCUGAAUCGAAUCAUCACCCCUGGAAUUUGAAUCGAAUCGAAUCGUUAGGUGGCCAAAGAUUCACACUUCUUUGUGGAUGAAAAACUGCAAAAUUUGGGGCAUUAACCUUAUAAUUUAGGGGUGCACAAAAAAUAGAUUCUCAUCAGAAUUGCGAUUCUUAUUCAUCGCGAUUCUAAACUGAUGCAAAAUUCUCAAAAAUAGACAUACAUUUUUUCAAAAUUAUUUCAAUAUUAUCAUUAUUGUUAUUUAUUUAUUUUUUAAAUACGACUAAAUGUUUAAUAAGGCUUAAAAAAAACUUGUUUUUGCAAAAGUUUCAUUGUAGUUAUUACACCAAAUAAUAUAUUGCAAGAAUUGGUUUGAAUCGAGAAUCGUGUUGAAUCAAGAUUCGAUUCUGAAUCAAUUCGUUACCCCAGGAAUCAGAAUCGGAUCAAAUCGUUAGGUGGUCAAAGAGUCGCACCCCUUUGUGGAUGAAAACUUAGCAAAAUUUGGUGCACUAACCAUAUAAUUUAGGAUUGUACACAAAAAUCGAUUAACAGCAGAACCGCGAUUCUUAUUCAUCCCGAUUCUAAAUAGAUUCAAAUUUCUCAAAAAUCGAUUUAAAUUUUUUACAAUUAAUUAUUCCUAUUAUUAUUGUUAUUUUAUUUUUAUUUUUUUUAAUAAGAAUAGAUGUUUAGUAAGGCCUAAAAAACUUGUUUUACAAAAGUUUCAUUGUAAUUAUUAUACCAAAUAAUACAUUGCAAAAAUUAGUUUGAGUUGAGAAUCGAUUCUGAAUCAAACUGUCAACCGCAGGAAUCGGAAACGGAUCAAAUCGUUAGGUGGCCAAAGAUUCACACCCCUUUGUGGAUAAAAAACUGCAAAAUUUGGUGUAUUAACCAAAUAAUUUAGGGGUGUGCAAAAUAAUCGAUUCUAUUCAGAAAACGAUUCUUAUUCAUCCCGAUUCAAAAUCCUAAAAAAAUCUAUUUACAUUUAUUUUAAAGUUAUUAUUUCAUUAUUAUCAUUAAUGUUAUUUAUUUGUUUAUUUUUAAUACGAAUAAAUGUUUAAUAAGGCCUAAAAAACUGUUUUACAAAAGUGUCAUUGUAGUUAUUAUUCCAAAUAAUACAUUGCAAGAAUUAGUUUGAAUCAAGAAUCGUGUUGAAUCAAGAAUCGAUUCUAAAUCGAAUCGCUAUGCCAGGAAUCGGAAUUGGAUCGAAUCGUUAGGUGGCCAAAGAGUCACACCUCUUUGUGGAUAAAGAACUGCAAAAUUUGGUGCAUUAACCAUAUAAUUUAGGGGUGCACAAAAAUUCAAUUCACAUCAGAAUCGCGAUUCUUAUUCAUCCUGAUUCUAAAUCGAUUCAAAAUUCUCAAAAAUAAUUGUGAAAUGUUUUUUUUAAUUAUUAUUUCAUUAUUUUAUCAUUAAUGUUAUUAUUUAUUUAUUUAUUUAUUUUUAAUAAGAAUAAAUAUUUAAUAAGGCCUAAAAAAAAUGUUUUACAAAAGUUUCAUUGAAAUUAUUAUACCAAAAAUACAUUGCAAGAAUUGGUUUGAAUUGAGAAUCGAUUCUGAAUCGAAUCGUCACCCCAGGAAUCGGAAUCAGAUCAAAUUGUUAUGUGCCCAAAGAUUCACACCCCUUUGUGGAUGAAAAAUUACCAAAAUUUGGUGCACUAACCAUAUAAUUUCGGGGUGCACAAAAAAAUUGAUUCACAUCCGAAUCUUUGUUCUUAUUCAUACCGAUUCUAGACCGAUUCAUACUUUUCAAAGAUCGGUACAAAUAAUAAAAAAUAUUUAAACGUUUUUAAAUCCAUUUUUAUAAAUACCUUUUUAGGCCAUCUCCAUGCAACCAGCGGGAACUUUUCUAACCUUUAACCUGUUUUGAAAAAGUUUCAUCACUGCAAAAAUUGGUUCGAAUUGAGAAUCAUGGUAAAUCAAGAAUCGAUUCUGAAUCAAAUUGUCACCCCAAGAAUCAAAAUCUGAUCGAAUCGUUAGGUGGCCAAAGAAUGACACCGCUUUGUGGCUGAAAAAUUGCAAAUUUUGGUGCAUUAACCAUAUAAUUUAAAGAUGCACAAAAAAAAAUGUAUUCACAUCUAAAUCGCGAUUCUAAAUCAAUUAAAAUGUUUAAAAAAAAUCUAUUUAAAAAAGUACAUCAUUAUUUUAUUUUCUAAUAAGAAUAAAUGUUUAAAAAGACGUUUUAAGGCCUUCUCCAUGCAGCCAGAAUGAAUUUUGCUAACCUGCAACCUAUUUUGAAAAAGAUUCAUUGUAAUUAUCAUACUAAAUACAACAUUGCAACAUUUGGUUUGAAUCAAGAAUCAAUUCUGAUUCAGAUCAAAUUGUUAAGUGCCCAAAGAUUCACACCCCUUUGUGGCUGAAAAAUUGUAAAUAUUAUACCAAAUAAUUAGGGAUGUUCGAUAAUGGCUUUUUGCCGAUAACCGAUAUUCCGAUAUUGUCCAACACUUUAAUUACCAAUACCAAUAUCCACCGAUACCGAUAUCAACCGAUACUGAUAUAUACAG